GCCUAACGGGGCCCGGUUACGGAAGCCGCGGAGCGCUGCGGACCGGCUCCCUCAGGAAGUUCGCCGUGCGAGCCCCCGUAGCGGCGCAGCGGUCUCGGGCCUAAUGGCGGCCAAGGAAGCCAGCGGCGGCGAGGGGCUAGGGCCCGGGGGCGACAAGCCCGUCACCUACUACCGGUUGAGUGAGGUGGCGAAGCGCAACUCCGCGAAGGAGAUAUGGCUGGUGAUCCACGGGCGCGUCUACGAUAUCACCCGCUUCCUCAAUGAGCAUCCUGGUGGAGAAGAGGUGCUGCUGGAACAGGCUGGAGCAGACGCGAGUGAGAGCUUCGAAGACGUUGGCCACUCCUUGGAUGCCAGGGAGAUGCUGAAGCAGUACUAUAUUGGUGAUGUGCAUCCGAGUGACCUUAAGACUGAGAGUGGUAAGAAGGAACCUUCGAAAAGCGAUGCGUGCCAAAGUUGCUGGUCCUAUUGGAUCUUCCCCAUCAUAGGCGCUGUUCUCCUAGGCUUCCUGUACCGCUACUUCACGUCAGAAAGCCGAUCUUCCUGAGGAGGCCUUGUCGGAGUCUGGAAAGCAAACCCACGUGGGAGUGAGAACCAGAGACUGUUGGGACGCUGAGUACUGCCCUGUUUGCGAGUCCUGCCCCGUGGACAGGAGUGUCCUGUCCAUCCUAGCCCCGUUACGCCCCUUGGAGCCGCGAUGGUUGGCCAGGCACCCCGCCCCCCACACCGACUCGGAGCUUUGCUAACCGUUCUUGUUCUGCCUCAGCUUCCUCUGCCUCGGUUCCCACAGGCUCUCUACCUUUCGAACUCAUUUUCCUGAUUGUCACUCUUAGUCACGUUGCCCCCCCCCUUAAAAUGCUUUUCAAAACAUUGGACUGCAUAUUAGACGCGCCAGAAGGCGGCGAGCACUCUCUGGAAGUACACAGGAGGAUGCUUCCCCACCAGCGGCGCUCAGGGCUCACUCCUGGCAGUGCUCGGGGGACCAUUUGGAUGCCAGGGGGCAAACCCGGGUUUUGUCGUGCGAGGCAAACGCCCUCCCCUCCUCCCUGGGCUAGUGUGGCAGGCCGGGCAUGCACCCAAGGAGUCCAGGCUGCUUAUUCCCACCUGGCGCUGCGCGGUACUUCCCUGUUGUUUACUGAGAACGCGGAGAAAAGGGAAAGGGAGAGAUGGAGACGGGUGCGAUGGUAAAUGCCAUGGCAAAUGUUCCUUCUAAAAGACUGUUGAAAACAUUAGGACAGGAGUUUCGAAACGGCACAUUAACACCGGGUUACCGCCAUCUGUUUACUUCCCCCGCCCCCACCUGUCUCUGUCUCUCUCUGUUUCUCUGUCUCUCUCGCAUCAGGACUCCUAGGUCGAGUGCUCCGCCGCUGAGCUGUUCCUGCCCCCUCCCCUUCCUGCAACCAACUUUUCUUGGUCAAAUACAAAUUUGUAAUUACGUCUGUAGGAUUUUACCAGAAAAUUUUGAUGCUUUUAUGUUUUUCUUGGUUAGCAAAAACUUGAUCCUACCUUUUAUAAAAGUUGAGGUAGAAUAUUUGAUCUGUUUACCCCGGUAAAAUAACUUUCCUUGCGAGUCGGCGUGAGGAGGAUGUGGGCAGUUAUGGCAGGUGUUUUCUCUGUCAUCUCUUUUUUACUUCCUUGGCUCCAAUUUGUGGUUUUAUUCUGUUUUCCAUUGAGAAUAAAAAAAAAAACAAACAAAAAACUGGUAGUUUUUCUCUUGAAUGAAUGUUUUCCUUGAGAAGGUGAUUAUGUAGAAAUCCGUUACUAUUCCCUCGUGGUUAAGGAAUUUCUCUGACAUCUCCGACUCGCCUUCUCUUUCUGCGGAAGCGCCUGAGCAGACACGCUGGCUGCUUCCUGCUCGCCACUGUUGGUGGUGACGCUCCCGUCCUGGGAGCACUGCUGGUCCCAUCCUGGGAGCACUGCUGGUUUCACGCGGCUCUUUACGCCUCCUCCCUCCAGCUGGCCAGGGGCUUGACAAGACAGGAAACUGCCCAGCUAACUAUUUAAGAACAGUUCGGCCCAGGCCCGUCUCCUGUGAUUUUGCAGUUGGGUGGAUUCAGAGUUCAUCAAGCCUUGUACUCCCACGAUUGGCUGGUGGCCUUCUGGAAUACCUGGGGGACUUGGGCCUGACUUUUUAUAUACUAGGGGUAUGGGUGUGGUCCCACUUUUAUCUUUAGAAAAUGUUUUGUAUGUCUUAUAAAAUUUAAUUGGAAAUAAAAUAAUCCUUGGCUGUUGACAGCAGGGGGCUAACUGAUGCGCCUCUGUGUGAAGGCAGACAGACUCGCCGCACAUAAAGUUGCGCUAAAGUUACGUUGCAGGAUGCCACGGGGCUGCAGUGGGGUAGGGAUCGCCAACAAAGGAGCAUUGAGGAGCUCGAAAGGGAACAUUCAGGCUGCAACUAAGCCAGAAGAUAACCUGGAUCAAGUAAAAGUUUGUUGGCAGUCUCCGUAUAGACUGAAACUGGCUUGUAAGAAACAUUGGAGAACGAGUCGAGUGAACUUGGUGUUUUGGAUAUUUUUUUUUAUUGUAAACACCGAUGCAAAAGGUCUUUUUAAAAUUUCAUACUGGCUGCCUUUUCCUGUUUAUAUCUCGGCUUGUUCUUACUCAGAAUCAGAGGAAAAGGUUCUCGGACUUUGUAUCUACCCAGAAUAAAAUGUGUCCAAUUCCCAGGACUUUUGAACUGCUGCUGAUGUGAUGGCACUUUGUGGUAUGAAAACCACACUUGGGCCGCGUGCUGUUCCUCCACUGCCUACAUCAACAGCCGGCUGAAAGGUAGCUUGUUGCACCGUUUGCGCGGGGCUCUCUGAACAAUGAAGGAAUACAGUGUGUAGCCAGACCUGUUAGAAGGGGCUUCUGUCUGAGAAAGCCCUUCCCAGAGAGGCGGGCUUGGAUUCUCCAAACAGUGCACACAGGGAGGUGGUGGAAACCCCUCCAGAGGAGCAGGGCCCCGGGGCCAGGCCUGGGGUGUCGCGUUGUUUGUUCCUGAGGAUGACGAGAGGCUGCGGCGUGGCACCGGUGCCACCAGGACCGAGGAUCCCGAAGGCCGGGGCCCAGCUGGGCCACCAGAACACCAGCGUCUGUCCAGCCGCCCUCUGUGGAAAUGGGUUUUGGUUUUGGUUUGCGGGGAUCAGCCUUUGCUUUUAGUUCUAAAGGAUUUCUACCAUCUUCAAAGCAGUGGGGAUAAAGUUUAUAUUCUGUUUAUUUCUUACAUGGAAAUAAAAAACGCCAUUGAAACCUGUCAUCUGAGCCCCUGAAGUUCUUUUAGCUUGUCCCGAGUGCGUCUGUUGUGAAAUAGGAGUGUUGUUGAAUUUAGAUUCAUUUAGUUCUGAUGUAGGGCAACGAAAAAUGCUUUUUCAGGCCAGGCAUAGCAUUACUUAAUGGGAUCUCAUGCUUAAAAUCUCAAGUGAUAUCUUUCUGAUUAAAUUCCAUCUUAGGAGAGUGAAAGGCAAAACAUUAAAUGUUCACUACUUCCUUCCCCAGGAGAAAUGGAUUCAGACAUGGCUUGUCUCAACAAGAAGUUGAUUAAAAAAAAAAAAGGAGUAUCUCUUGCCAAGUAUCACAGAAGUAAUGGGGAGUUUAGUCACAUUUGGCUGUUGUGCUCUGAAAGGGACCGGUUUGGAAUUUGUGGGGGUGAUCUUAGAGGGGAGGUUCCAAGGAGCAGAAAUAAUCAAGUUUCGGCCCUCAUCCCGAGUUGCUAGGACUUCAGAACAGCCCCUUGCCCACACCUGGGCCCUGCCUUGGCCAGAACAUUAUUCUGAUUCUUUCACUUCCUUUCUUUCUACUUCACCCUCCACUGUGGACAAGUAACGUGGACAUUCCUUUUGUGUAUUCAAUAAUGGAGUUUGUUUACCUAUUUUAUUUCAGCAUAUUUUGAACAAAGAUCUUUGUCUCUUUCUGCUGGAAUGUGCACACAGUGAAUGUUUGUUAAAACUAACACAAUAAAGAUACUGUUUUCCUUUU